AUGUACGUUCCAGACUGGCUCCUGCACCUCAUCUACGGUGUACCCGCACCAACAAUAAAACGCCAGAAACCCAUGCAAAUCCUCGCCGUGGGCAUCUCCCGCUCAGGCACCGAAUCUCUACGCGAAGCCCUACACACCCUUGGGUUCGAGCACACCCACCACGGCUUCGACACCAUCCUACCCCCCUACGACCUCGAAAAUAUAUACCGGCUGCUGAAAAAGAAAUACAACACCCCACCACCAACAGGAACAGGAACAGGAUCAACCCCGGGCCCAAAACUCACAGCCUCAGACUUCGACACAAUCCUCGGCUCCAGCGUCGGAGUAUGCGACCUGCUCGCCGCCGAAUUCGCACCGGAGCUGAUCGCCGCAUACCCGGAUGCAAAAGUCAUCCUGAACACACGCAGGGAUCUCGACGCAUGGCACAAGUCCAUGCAGGCCACGAUGGGCUAUUUCGAUAGAAACCCGGUCGACUGGGACUGGGUCAAGUCGUGGUUCUGCGGGGAGUUGUUCUGGAUCCGCCAGGCGAUGUGUCGGACCAUGAUGCCGACGUUCUUCCGGGGCAGUUUUGCUUCGAAUGGGAAGUGGGUGUAUGAGCAGCAUGUGGCGAUGGUGCGAGGGCUGGGACUGCCUGAGGAGAGGCUGCUGGAGUGGAGUGUCGACGAUGGGUGGGAGCCGCUGUGUCGGUUUCUGGGGAGGGAUGUGCCUGAUGCAGAGUUUCCGAAUGGGAAUCCCCCACAGGCUUGGGCGGAGAGGAUUGCUGUUACGACUGCGGAGUAUCAUGCGAGGGCUGUGAGGAAUAUGAUCCUGUUUGGGGCGGUUGUCGUGGUGGUUGGGGGUUAUACUAUAGCAGGUCUGUUGGGUUUCAACCGCUUAUUUAGCUACCUUUAG